UCCACCACAGUCUUUCAGACUGGCUCAAACUACAAACGGAAGUUAGUUUUUUAAAUAUUUAAACUACACUUGACUACUGAGCUGGGUGACUUCGUUCCUGGUGUUGGGAUAGUUUCGUUUUCUUUUCACCCUGACGGUCAAGACUCUUAAGGUUGGUGCAGCAUCAGUUUCAUGGAGAACAAUGGCCCGCAUUUCUUUGGAUUGUCCAGCCUCCUUGCCAGGAAUACCUCUCAGUGUGCUGUCGGUGCCCAUGGAGAAUAAAUACAAAUGUCAGCAGUGUCUCCAGGUCCUGAGGAAACCUGUCCAGGCUCAAUGUGGCCACCGUUUCUGUGUGCACUGCUUCAAACUGCUCACCAGCGCUGGUCCAAAGCCUUGUGAAGCCUGUCGCCAAGAGGAGAUCUAUGAGGAGCCUAUGUCCAUCCUGAACAGUAGUGAGGCAUUUCCAGACAAUGCAGCCGGUAGAGAAAUAGCAAGUUUGCCUGCCAGGUGUCUAAACCAGGGCUGCAGCUGGACGGGAUCGAUAAAAGAUUAUGAGGCUCAACACGAAGGUCGCUGUGAAUAUGAGAGGGUGCAGUGCGAAGCCUGCCAGGCCUCCAUCCUCCUCAAGGACAAGGAGAGACACAAUGAGAGGGAAUGCGAGGAAAGAACUCUGAACUGCAAAUACUGCAAAGUAACAUUCAAUUUUAAAGACAUUAAGGCCCAUGAUGAAAUCUGUGUCAAGUUUCCGUUACAAUGCAAAGACUGCGGAAAGAAGAAGAUCCCAAGGGAAAAGUUCAAUGACCACAUGAAGUCCUGCGCCAAGUCAAAGAGUGCUUGUCCAUUCAGCGAAGUGGGCUGUAAAACUGUGGUGGAGAACGGGAAGCUCAGCGACCAUGAGCACAGUAGCACCAUGGAGCACCUGCGUCUGCUGCUUCCGAUGGUGCUGUCCAUGACGCGGACACAAACAGAUGCCCUUGGAUCCGGGGAAUGGCAGGAGGACUCAGGGUUGGGUCUGUACAGAGCUCCUGAAGAGGGGAGCGGAGCUGCAGCUGCACCGCCUGCAGACCUGGAAAAAAAAGUAAUUGCUUUAGAAAACAUUGUGUGUGUCCUGAAUCGGGAAGUGGAGCGAAGUUCCCUAACCCUGGAGGCCUUCGCCCACCAACAUCGGUUAGACCAGGAGAAGAUUGAAAAUCUGUCAAACAGAGUGCGACAGCUGGAGCGGACGGUGACCAUGAGAGACCUGCAGCUGUCUGAGACUGAUCAGGUGGUGCGGGAGCUGCAGCACUGCACCUACGACGGGAUUUUUGUCUGGAAAAUCACUGACUUCUCCCGGCGCAGACAGGAUGCGGUGGCCGGCCGAACGCCUGCAAUGUUCUCACCCGCAUUUUACUCCAGCAAAUAUGGCUACAAAAUGUGUCUGAGGCUUUAUUUGAACGGCGAUGGGACAGGACGAGGGACGCACCUCUCCCUGUUCUUCGUGGUCAUGAAGGGCAAGUGCGACGCUCUGCUGAAGUGGCCCUUCAGUCAGAAGGUGACUCUUAUGCUCCUGGAUCAGAACAACAGGGAGCACAUAAUCGACGCCUUCCGACCCGACAUUACGUCCACCUCCUUCCAGCGGCCGAUCAGCGAGAUGAACAUCGCCAGUGGCUGCCCGCUCUUCUGCCCGCUGUCAAAGCUGGCAGGCAAGAGUCCAUAUCUGAGAGAUGAUACGAUAUUUAUCAAAGCCAUCGUAGACCUCACAGGCUUAUAAUGUGCACUGUGGAAGCUGCACUGAAAUCCUUACGCAUAAGACUAUAAUAUAUAAAAGUUUUUUACCUAUAUGCCCAUUUAUGGGUAAUAUUAAUAUGGUUAAUAAACUGUAAAAUAAUUAAAAAAUACCGUAUUAUUAUUAUUAUUAUUAUAUGAUUCU